UGCCCCGCCGGCACGACCUGGAUCGGCACAGCUCACCAGUGCUGCGAGCCGUGCCCCGCAGGGACAUUCCUGCACGAGGCCUGCACAAGCCCUGAGAAUAAAAGCGACUGCCGCCCCUGCCCUGACGGCACCUUUCGCACCCAGCCCAACAUCCUCAAGGAGUGCCAGGCUUGCUACGAGUGUGACCGACAAGCUUUCCAGAGUGUGCUGAGCAACUGCUCGGCCACCAGCAACGUCGCCUGUGGCUGUGAGCCCGGCCGCUUCCGUGUCUGCUUUGACAAGCAGUGCAGCGAAUUCUCUUGCCGGAAAUGCCAGUCCUGCACCGGACGCCUCAUCCAGCGACCCUGCUCGGAGGCACAGGACACACUUUGCGACAGCAGCUGCAAGCCUGACUUCUACAGAGAGGGUGAUGAGUGCCGGCCGUGCCACACGAGCACCCUCGACAAGUGUGGCAAAGAGUGCCAGCAAGUGUGCGGCAGCAACAGUGACCAAGGCUCAGGUCUGGAGUACAUCCUGCUGGGACUCACCGGGCCUCUCUUCCUGGGUGCCCUUGCCAUCUACCACAAGAGGAAGAGGCUCUGGCAUGGCGCCCUGGCAGGUGGUCCCCUCCCCAUGGCACAGGCUGGGGUUGCAGCCACACCGUGGUGCCAGUUUAAUGCCCGGAGGUGGGACAACUUCUGCUGGAUCCCGCCAUACUCCCCACCGGGGACAGAGCGUGUCACUGACACAGCAAACCAGAGGCUCAAACACCAGGCCUCGUGGCCUGAGCAGCCUAGUGAUGAAGGGGAGCCCUCUGCACCCCCAGAGCCCCGUGGUGCCCUGCUGCAGGGCAGCCAGCUCUAUGCCGUCAUCGACGUGGUGCCAGUACGGCGUUGGAAGGAGUUCAUGCGGAUGCUGGAGCUGCGGGAAGCAGAGAUUGAGCUGGUAGAGCUGGAGGUGGCCCACAUCCGUGACCAGCAGUAUGAGAUGCUGAAGCGCUGGUGCCAGCAGACCAGUGCCACACUGGACCACGUCUUUGCUGCCCUGGAGCGCAUGGAGCUGGCUGGCUGUGCUGAGGCACUGCGCCAGAGUCUGCCCGUGGGACACUGAUCCCCACCGUCAGCACCCUGGCACAGGGAGGUCCCACCACCUCCACAUCUCACUGGGCACCUCAUCCCAGCCAUACCCCUAAGUAUUGUUACUUAUGCCGUGUAGACAUUUUAUGUCAGUUUUAUGUCCCCUUCUCACCUGCCUGUCCCCUCUAUUUAUGGCCCCCUGCUCCCAGGGCCGGGGAGGACCCCACGCCCCAGCACAUCGGCUGCCCAGCCACUCGCGGGACGAGCAGGCACCGAGCCCACCGCGAACCCAUGGGAUAGUUCUCAAGGCUGCCCACUGCCGGGCGCUCCCUCCCCCUCCCCAAUAAAGUGGUGUGUUCUCCA